AUGAUGAUCAAUUACUUCACCACUGCGGUAGUCACUUUCCAAUUUCUCACCACCACCGCCCAGGUCCUCAACAUCCGAACAUCUCCCACGCGCCUUACCGGUGACUCAUUCGGAAUACCCGCGCAGAACUCAACUUAUGACUAUAUCAUAGUUGGCGGUGGAAUCGCCGGCUCUGUUGUUGCUGCACGCCUCGCGGAAGAUCCCAACGUAUCUGUUGCCGUCAUAGAGGCAGGAGGUUAUGCGGAUCUCGUGAACGGAAAUCUGUCACGGGUUCCAGGGUAUACCGGGAAAUUUGAGGACACAGAUGGUGGUGAUUGGGAGACUGGUAACAGGCAACCCGGCAUCGACUGGGGUUUUGUGAGCGAACCGGAGGUGGCUCUUGGUGGGAGGAGGAUACAUGAAGCGCAAGGGCGAAAUCUAGGUGGAAGUUCCGUUCGCAACGCACUGAUCUAUCACCGUGGUACACACGGCUCCUAUGCACAAUGGGCUGCGCAAGUGGGUGAUGACAGCUUCCUGUAUGACAACAUGCAGCAGUACUUCCAAAGAAGUAUCAAUUUCAGUACCUCGAACCUGGAUCUGCGCGCGGACAACGCGUCGGUGACUUGGAACCCAGACAGCUAUAAGGAAGAAGGUGGACCGUUGCAGCUCUCAUUUCCCAGUUUCGGGUGGCCAUUCAGUACUCACGCCUCGAAUGCCUUUAGUUCUAUCGGGAUGAAUGCCAUGCUAGACCAUAACAGCGGUAAACUUGAUGGACACGCGUGGAUGGCCUUCACGCAGUCUCCAGACGGCGUGCGUAGCUCGGCUGAAACAUCCUUUCUCAACCAGGCAUUUCAGACAACCGGUCUCACGGCGUUCAUCCACACGCGGGCGACCAAGAUUUUAAUUGAUGAGCAGAAGAGAGCGACAGGCGUGCGAGCGGAGUUCAUGGGAUUAGAGUUUGAUAUACAUGCGCGCAAAGAGGUAAUCGUCGCUGCUGGUGCGAUCAAUUCUCCUAAACUUCUAAUGCUUUCUGGUAUUGGAGCCGCAUCUACGCUUGAGCAACACAAUAUCACGAUGCGAGUCGACCUUCCCGGAGUAGGAAAAAACAUGUGGAACAGUGCUCAGGCCGGCGGAGUCGUGCACGAAGUGCCCCUAGCAACGAAAGCUCGCCUCGAAAACAGCACGUUCGCGGCUGAGCAAGAGUCUCUCUAUAAAGAGCAGGGCGCAGGCUUUCUCACCAAUUCUGGCCCUGACUACAUAGGCUGGGAAAAGGUUCCAGCCACCGAACGAGAUGCGCUGGGUUCCAAUGCACUGGAACAUCUCUCUGCAUUUGCUGACGACUGGCCUGAACUUGAGUAUCUCGUAAUCAACGGAGUAUCAUUGCCAAACGCCGAGCCAGGCCAUGACUACGCAGGUUUUGGUGUCACACUGGUCGCGACACUCUCACGCGGAAACGUGACACUCGCAUCUGCAAAUCCGUUUGACGAUCCUAUCAUACACCUCAAUUUCUUGCAGGAGGAGACCGAUCGCAGGGUUGCGAUUGCAGGAUACAAGCGGAUGCGACAGGCUUGGGCGGCUGUGCCAGAUCACGCAAAAGGGGUAGAGAUGUUUCCUGGAGAGACGGUUCAGACGGACGAGGAGCUGUGGGAGGCGAUCCAGCUUGCAGCGGUGCCGUCGCAUCAUCUUUCUGCGACUUGUAAAAUGGGGACCAAAGACGAUCCAAUGGCCGUGGUUGAUUCCAAAGGAAGGGUCUAUGGCGUACAAGGCGUCAGAGUAGUGGAUGCAUCUGCUUGGCCGUUCUGUCCACCAGGCCAUACCCAGGGAUAUACAUAUGCGCAUGCGGAGAAAUUUGCGGACGAUAUCAAGAAUGACGCGUGAGCGACAUUGAGAGUGAGGUCGUGAUAUUCGACGUGGAGGGGUAGGUUAAAGGAGCAGCCGCAUCGAAUUCGAAUCACCUACAUAUGUUGUAAUUUCUUCCCACACAUGUUCCCUAUGGAUACAUCGAUAAUGAGUUCGGGGUGUUGGGCUCCGUCUGUUCAUUUUGGUGUAUGAGCGCUGCCUGGACGUCAUUGAAAUUCGUCCGGCUUGUUAAUAUGGUAUGCUGUUCUGUUUCUUCGCAAUGCUUC